AUGGCACCUAAAUCAAAAUUUCUAGUUGCAUUUGAAGAGGUUGAAAUAUCUGAUGAUGAAGAAGAAGAGGUUCAAGAAAAGGAUAUGACUGAGAAUGAGCUUGAAGAUUUUUUACAAAGUAUCUCAUUCCCUGAAGAAGAUGUAGAUGUCACACCUUCCGCUGUGACUGAAAGAGAUCGUGAUUCAAAUGAGCAAUUUUAUUCUCCUACCCCUGAACAGAUGGAUGCUCUUAGUACUGAACUUCAGCAAACUGCGAGGAAGCCUCCCCAAGCAGAUCCUGUUACAUCUGAACCUCCAUCUGAGAAAGGGGCUCAAGCUUCUGGUAGCUCCUUUGAAGCCCCUAAACUGGAUAUUUCAAAAGGAAAGAGCAAGCUGCCUGAGUUUGAGUUCGUAGAUGUCGCUUUGCUUCAGAGUAGACUUUUUGAUUUGGAACAAAGUUCAACUGAAAAGGAUUUGAUUAUCGGAAAGCAGGACAUUAGACUUUGUGAUAUUGAAAAGGAGAAGUCCAUUAAAGAUGCAAAGAUUUCAGAACUUCAAGAAAAUCUUGGUGGUCUAACUGCUUUAUUCUUUGACCUGAAACAACGCUUGCAUAAAAAGUUUGGUGAUGAUUUUCAACCUUUAAGCGCUGAAGGGGAAAAGAUUUCUGCUUCUAGUUCUGGUCCAGUCAAUCCAUCUUCUCAACCUGCAAGUGAAAGAGUUAUAAGACCUGCUCUGGAUGCAAAUCUUGAUACCCUUUUAUUUUCUGGUCCUACUUCUUCUCAAGAGAGAAGAGAGAAGCAAAUCAGGGUUGAGCAGCUAAGAGGAAAGAUGUUAGUAAUGAAACAUUCGGACUAA